AUGGCGAGUGCGACCUUCUCCUUCUCCCUUCUUUCUCACUCUCCUUCUCUGAAACAGACUCCAUUUCUCAGAUAUGGCAAGAGACAGCAGCUUCAACUUCACCUCACAAAUUACAAUUCUACCCCUGCUCGGUACCUAGCCGUGUCGAGAGACGACACCGACACCAACACGCCUCUUCCUCAGGAAACAGAGACCGUGGAACUCGAAGAUGCGAUUGAGAAACGAAGAAGAGAAGAGGAGAAAUUCGCGGUUUUGAAUACUGGGAUCUAUGAGUGUAGAUCAUGUGGUUACAAGUACGAUGAAUCAACGGGUGACCCAUCGUACCCGAUUCCACCUGGGUUUCAGUUUGAUAAGUUGCCUGAAGAUUGGAGAUGUCCGACUUGUGGAGCUGCUCAGAGUUUCUUUGAGAGUAAGAUGGUUGAGAUUGCUGGUUUUGCUCAGAACCAACAAUACGGACUUGGUGGUAAUGCAUUGACUUCUGGUCAGAAAACUGCUUUGAUCUUUGGGAGUCUCUUCCUCUUCUUUAUGCUGUUCUUAAGUGGUUAUUUCAUCCAAUAA